GUAGAAGCUGUCCAUCUAUAGGCAGAUAUUGUAUAGGAGUCUGGAUGGCUGGGUAUACAUCUUGCCUUGGGAAAAGCCCUCCUUCUCCAAGAACCCUCUCAUAGCAUGGGUGCUGUAGGGGGGCACUGGAUGGGGCUGGACCUGCCACCACUGCUCUCCAGCUCAUCGCUGCUCACUGCAGUGUGGCUCCUCUUCAGCCCCCCUUUCCCAGCCAUUUCCAGCGUCAGGGCUCUGUCACACCCGGGCUGGAUGGCAGCAAGCGGGUGGAAAUGGGUGCUCUUCCCAUCACAUGAAAACCGGGGGCAUGGGGACCAAAUGAGUGUUAGACUGUGAGGGGAUGCAAAGUGGCCGGAACAGGUGGCUCGUGGUCCUCAGGGUGCAGCAGCAGCGGUGGUGAAGAGAUAUUUGCCCGUGUUGAAAAAGCCUCUGUGGGUGGGGUGGAGGCGGUUGCUGUCCUGCACACCCAGAUCACAACGGGGACCCUGUGGGUGAACCCCUGAGCCACCCCAGAAGCCUGGCCCUUGGGGGAUGGGGUAGCCACGGGGAGACAUGAGCCGUGUCAGGGGCUGCAGGAUGCUGUCCUGGAGGGAGCAAGGGGCAGGCAGGGAGCAUGGCCUGAAAAAUAGGGUGCAGAAGGGAAAAUAGCGGGGUGUAUGUGUGUGUGCGUGCGCACGCAUGGCCCGGCUGUGGGUUUUGCUAUCCCAGAGGGUUUUAUUGAAGGUUUGCAAAGGAAGAUGUGCAGGGACACUGGCAAGGCAAGGGGUGGCAGCUCAUCACUCCGCAAAGCACCAGCAUGAGCCACCGCGGGGCUUCGCUAGCCACACCGGCCAGGUGGGAGCACCGCAGGGGUGAGGGUGCUGCGGUGGCUGACACUGCUCUCCAUCUCUCCUCUCUCUCUUCCCCUCCUGCCCAGAAAUCCCCCAGUGCGCCGGCUGCAACCAGCACAUCCUGGACAAGUUCAUCCUCAAGGUGCUGGACCGGCACUGGCACAGCUCCUGCCUCAAGUGUGCCGACUGCCAGAUGCAGCUGGCCGACCGCUGCUUCUCCCGGGCCGGCAGUGUCUACUGCAAGGAGGACUUUUUCAAGCGUUUUGGGACCAAAUGCACGGCAUGCCAGCAGGGUAUCCCCCCGACCCAGGUGGUCCGCAAAGCCCAGGAUUUCGUCUACCACCUCCACUGCUUCGCCUGCAUCAUCUGCAGCCGGCAGCUGGCCACGGGCGACGAGUUCUACCUGAUGGAGGACGGGCGGCUGGUCUGCAAGGAGGACUACGAGACUGCCAAGCAGAACGAUGACUCCGAGGCGGGUGCUAAGCGGCCCCGGACCACCAUCACGGCCAAGCAGCUGGAGACACUGAAGAACGCCUACAAAAACUCCCCCAAACCCGCCCGGCACGUGCGGGAGCAGCUCUCCUCUGAGACGGGGCUUGACAUGAGGGUAGUGCAGGUGAGGCCAUGGGCUGAAGAGCAAGUGGCAGGGUAA